UUCUCCUGCAAAUUGAGUUUCAGCUCUUCAAAAGGUUGUAACUGUUAGGGGAAUUUUGAAAUUUUCAAAAAAUUGUAAUAAGAUAAGCUGAGAUUAAUUGAAAUUGAAGUUGAGCCAGUAGAAUCGCUGCAUAUGUAGCUCUCAAAUACAUAUUAACAGAUAAUAUAGGCUUGUUAAUGAAUUCAAUGAGCUUGCUUUGAAUACGGGCAGAUGAAAUUUAAGGAAAAAAUUGGAUCAACCUAAGUCCUAACGCACGCGGUUUGGGUUCCCACUUCUCUUUCUCUUCCCUGCUUUCCCACUCAAGUUUCAGCUUCCUUAAGCUCGCUCCCAUACGCUCCGACCUAUGGUGACUGUCAUUGAAUCUCCGGCUUGCUUGCUUGCUUACUUCCAUUAUCGAGUUUGAAUUUGGUUCGGUUCCCUCUGGCGACAUGUUCCCGUAGCACAACCGACCCACCUUUUUUUUCUUCUUUUGACUUGUUUACACGUCACGCAAUCUUCGGAUAGAGUUAUAGUUUAAAAUUGGUUUCUCCGGCGGUUUAAGGUGCUACCUUUUCCGCCUUUGAUUUUGAUUAUAAACUGGAGAUGUGCCUUUGUUUCUAAUGUUACUGGAUUUGCUUGUGCACUUGUUAAUUAGUUGAGGCUUUGAGCAGUAGAUGAGAUGGAAAACAGUUUUGCCCAAGAGCUUUACUCAGAAAGUUUGCACCUAUCAAAAGUAGAAUUGGGUUCUUCGCAAGCUGCCAAUUGUGAUUUGCAAGAUGAUGAUGGAUCUUUCUGGGGUGGUUCUGAUGAAGAAUUGGAUAAAUCAUCUGAUUUGGAUAGGGAGUGGGAGAGGAGACGUGACCAAUUUCACACGAUUGGAUAUCGUGAUGGCCUCAUAGCAGGAAAAGAAGCUAUUGCUCAAGAUGGAUUUAACAUCGGUUUUAAGGAAUCGGUGCUUGAAGGAUACAACUGGGGUAUUGUUAGAGGUAUUACCAGUGCACUUGCAUGCCUUCCAGAACAGUUCAAAGAAAGGUUGAUUGAAACACGAGAAACGAUAAACAAAUUCCGGACCUUGUAUGAAACCGUGCAUUCUCUUUCAACAACAGAUGCACUUAAAAUGUUUCAUGAUGAUAAAAUGGCAAAGAAAAUUGUGGAGGAAAGUGAGCAUCCUAAUGCUACUUCUGAGAUGGAAAGCUUUCAAAGUGAUGGCGCAGACUGCAGUCUGGACAGUUACGUUGUUAAGCUUCAAUCACUUGUUCUGGAAUCUCCUGCGAUUGAAUCACAUUUAUUAGGAAAGUAAUUUUUGUACAUCACUUUUCUUUUGGAACGCAUUGUUACUGAAAGUAACGGAAAUCAUUUGCUCAUCGCUCUGCUGGCAAUUUUUAGGCAAUCUUUGUUAUUGUGCAA